CUCUUAGGUAAAGUCUAGUCUAUGUGAUAUUACUCAUAUAGUCAAGAUCUAGAAGACCUAGGAUUAUAUUAUAAGAUCUUUUUGAUCAAAAAUAGUACAUUCAUUAAUUUGCAUCCUCAAGUCAAUACAAUGGACAGCAAAUUUUCACAAGUGCCCUCCUACGGAUGGAGCGUUAAACUGGAUCAUGUUUUUCCUGAAAAACAAAACCAAAAGAUGAAGCCAAAGUUACAUCAGAUCUGGCCUUUUGUCCCACUUUUGUUCCGAUAUCUGUGGUAUUGCCUGAAAGUGUGGUGGAAAGGACGUCGACCGAUAAUGGACUUUGUGUGGCCGAUUACGUCAAAGCAGUGGAGUGGAGUACCCCUGGGAGGGAUCGGUGGAGGGACGAUCGGCAGAAGUUUCCGAGGGGAAUUUUGCCGAUACCAGAUGCAGCCAGGUUUCUACGAGUACCAUUCAGUGGAUGCAAACCAGUUCAUCGUCACAAUCCAGAACCCUGAGGGAAAAGUUGUCUACCAACAGGUCUUGUCAACUUUGAGAGGUGCUGAAGGGGGGAAGCUGCGUUCCUGGAAAUGGGGCUUCCCCGGGGACCAGGCCAGGUACACAGCACUCUAUCCCAGGUCCUGGACUGAAUACAACAUUCCGGAACACGGCAUCAAACUAACAUGUAGACAGGUGUCUCCAGUAAUACCACAUAACUACAAGGAUUCGUGCAUUCCUGGAGGUGUGUUUGUGUGGACAGUGGAAAACACAAGUAGUGAAAUGAAAUCUGUCAGUAUUACCUGUACAUUGAAGAACGGCACCAAGAACAAGUCUGACAUGCCAGGUAAUUGGAGCUGUGGUUGGUUUAACCGUGAAGAAGAGGGGGUCAAAGUAGAAGGAGUUCUGAUAUCGCAGAAGUUUGAUGGUAUGAAGUGCACGUACUACCUGAGUGCCUUAGUCAAGGAGGGAGUCUCGGUGACAAGAACACAUGCGUUUGACCCCAACAGUGACGGCAGCAGUGUGUGGGACGACUUGGCAAACAACGGACAACUCUCUUCAACCAUCAACGGUCACAAAAGUGGAGCAGAGGUGGCCUGUGCCGUGUGUGCCAAAGUGGAAGUUCCUCAACACAAUGUCAGAACUGUGGAGUUGGCUCUUGUCUGGGAUAUGCCUCGGAUACACUUCCAAGGAAAAUCCAAGGACUACUGUAGGUAUUACACCAAGUACUUUGGAGCAGAUGGCAACGCAGGGCCAGACAUGAGUCUUUACGCACUUGCGAACUUCAACAGAUGGGAAAAAGAGAUCAGUUCAUGGCAGAGUCCAAUUUUAGAAGACUUGAAUCUACCAGAAUGGUAUAAGAGCGCCAUUUUCAACGAAGUAUACUACGUAGCUGACGGGGGAACAGUUUGGCUUCUCAUGGACGACUCUGAAACUUUGACUCCUUCAGAUCCGAGAAGAGAGUUUGGCAGGUUCGGAUACCUGGAAGGCCAUGAGUAUAGGAUGUACAAUACGUAUGACGUCCACUUCUACGCGUCGUUUACUCUCGCGCAGCUGUGGCCGAGAUUACAGGCCUGUCUGCAGUACGAAUUCAGAGACACGGUGCUGCGGAAAGAGGGGGAGCAGCGGAAACACCUGUUUGACGGCAAGAUAGGGAAUAGAAAGGACCUGAACGCUAUCCCCCACGAUCUUGGCGAUCCAGGUGAAGAACCGUUUCUCCUCAUCAACUCGUACAUGGUCCACGACGUAUCCGAGUGGCGAGAUCUAAACCUCAAGUUUGUACUACAAUGUUUCCGAGAUUACAAACUUUUUGACGAUCAACAAUACCUUCAGGACAUGUGGCCCCAAGUGCAAGCAGUCAUGUCGAAAGCCCUCAGUUGGGACGAGGAUGAUGAUGGAGUUAUAGAAAACGGAGGCUCGGCAGACCAAACCUACGACGCUUGGAUCAUGACAGGCACCAGUGCCUACUGCGGAGGGCUGUGGUUGGCCAGUCUGUAUUGUGUCUCAAAGAUGGCGGAGGUUCUCGACUGUCCAGACGUGGCUGAGAAAUACUCAACACUUCUCACAAAAGCAAAUGAAUCUUUCCACAAGAAGUUGUGGAAUGGCCAGUAUUACAACUUUGACAGUUCCCAGCUGCCUCAUUCCGUCUCCGUCAUGGCAGAUCAGCUGUGUGGCUUGUGGUAUUUACACGCAUGCUCAGUCACUGACGAGGUGUUCCCUCGAGCCAACGUUAGAAGUGCCUUAGACACGAUCUACAAGUUGAACGUGCAGAGUUUCUGUGGGGGCAAGAUGGGAGCUGUCAAUGGAAUGCUACCAGAAGGGAUGAUUGACGAUUUCGCAAUCCAAAGUGAAGAGGUCUGGACGGGCGUUACAUACGGACUGGCAUCACUUAUGAUAUUUGAGGGUAUGGUGGAGGAAGGUUUUAACACGGCCAGUGGUAUCUACGAGACGGUCUACAACAGAAUCGGUCUCGGAUUUGAAACUCCGGAAGCGUUGCACCACGGCAACACUUACCGUUCAGUCGGCUACAUGCGGCCACUCAGUAUAUGGUCCAUGCAGCUCGCUUGGCAGAGAAGGCAAGCGUCGUCUGCGAAGUAAAAUAAUCAUCUGGUAGACACAAGCACAGAAAACAUACUACUAUAACCCAGAAUGCCAACGGCAUGGUAAAAAGCGUU